AUGGAUGAGAAAAGUGGUGCAAAGGAAAUAUUGGAGGGAUAUGCUAAGUCUUCUACUAUUCAUGGAUUUUCUAGAAUUGUAGAUGUUAAAUUGUACAAGGGAAGAAGAGUAUUAUGGACUAUUGUUGUUUUAAUGAUGUGGCUUGCUCUGGUUGUUUUGGUAUAUGAGGAAGUUACAGGAUACAUGUCCAAUCCAACCUUCACUGAGAUUCAAUCUAGAAUGGUUUCACCUAAAGAUUUUCCUGCCAUUUCAUUUUGUGAUCCCAACUACCUCAGGAAUACUCUUCUGGAAGACAUGGAACAAUCAGAUAGAAUAAGGGUAUUGAGAAGCAUUGACUUUUUGAAAGAAUGGGACCUACAAUCCAAUGACACUAAUUCUGUAUCUUACAAGAGCCAAAGUCAGCACACUAGUGAGUCACGAAGCAAACAGACGGACCCAAUUGUGACAGCUCUUCUAAAUAAAUUGAAAUCUCACAGAAACCCGGACCUGUUUAACAUGAAAUGUUCGUGGGGAGAAAAAUGGAGGUCGUGCAAAGCAGCUUUUACGACAUCGGUAUCAUUGUAUGGUAUUUGUCUUACACUGAAUCCUCACAGACUCGUAGCUGCACAAAAUAGUCACCCCAACCUUUUAUCGAUUUUACGUGGAAUAAGAUAUAUCUACAAGCAACCGAAUAUUAGCAAUGCUAAUGUCGAAUUCAAAGGAGUUAAGUUGAUUAUACAUGAUGCAAACGAAGACCCUAUGUCUUCAUUGCGUGGGUAUUACGUUCAUUCCGGUACUUUUACCGAGAUUUCAAUUACCAAAACAUUGUCAAUAAACUUACCUGUACCAUACAAAUCAUUUGCAGGUUCCGGGUGUUUAAUGCCCGGGCCGGACCAAAUAAAGAGAUUUCUAAAAUAUUCCAGAUCUUCUUGUGAACUUGAAUGUUUUAUGAAUUACACCAUUUCACAGUGUGGUUGUCGGCAUUUCCUUUUUAGAGGUAUUGAAAGACUAUGCAGCGUACAAGAGAUGGGAGAAUGUGUCACGGUGCAAGCUGGUAGUUAUGAUUUAUUAUUUUUGCUACUGAUAUAA